CCGUAGGGCGGAAGCGCCCGAACUCCAGGCAGAUCCCAGCGACUGACUGACUGGCUGGCUGAAGGCUGUUGGGGAGCCCUUGAAUCUUCGGGGGGCUAUGGCAGGGGUCGCGUGCUUGGGGAAGACCUCGGAUACGGACGAAUGGUGCGACAGCGGCCUGGGAUCUCUGGGUCCCGACGCAGCAGCCCCUGGAGGGCCGGCGCUGAGCUCAGCUGAAUUGGGCCCGGGGCUGUCGUGGGCGCCCCUCGUCUUUGGCUACGUCACUGAGGAUGGGGACACGGCUCUGCACUUGGCGGUGAUCCAUCAGCACGAUCCAUUCCUAGAUUUCCUUCUAGGCUUCGCUGCGGGCACAGAAUACUUGGACCUGCAGAAUGAUCUGGGACAGACAGCCUUGCACCUGGCAGCCAUCCUGGGUGAGGAGUCGGCGGUGGAGAAGUUGUACGCAGCAGGGGCCGGGGUGCUAGUGGCCGAAAGAGGCGGCCACACGGCGCUGCACCUGGCCUGCCGCUCAGAGGCGCAUGGCUGUGCCCGGGCACUGCUCCAGCCUCGCCCCCGGUGUCCCCGGGAUUUCCCCAGCACCACCUACCUCACUCAGGCCUCCAGCCACACCCCUGGCUCUGAAGACAUCCCUGAGGCUGCUUCCGACUUGGAGAAGGAAGAGGAGUGUGAGAGUGAGGAGGACUGGAAACUGCAGCUACAGGCUGAGAACUUUGAGGGCCACACCCCGCUGCACGUGGCUGUUAUCCACAGAGACGUAGAAAUGGUCCGGCUGCUUCGUGAGGCUGGAGCUGACCUCAACAAACCUGAGCCCACCUGUGGCCGGAGCCCCCUGCACUUGGCCGUGGAGGCACAGUCAGCCGACGUACUGGAACUGCUGCUGAGGGCUGGGGCAGACCCCACUGCCCGCAUGUACGGCGGUCGCACCCCGCUAGGCUGUGCCAUGCUCCGGCCUAACUCCACCCUGGCACAGCUCCUGCGGGAGCACGGAGCCCCCGAGCCCGAGGAAGACGAGGAUGACAAGCCCAGCCUCUGUAGCAGCAGUAGUGACAGCGACAGCGGGGACGAGGGCGACCAAUAUGAUGACAUCGUGGUGCACAGUGGACGGAGUCAACACCGGAGUCCUCCCGCCCCAGCCUCCAGGCCCCUCCCUGCGGACCCAGACCACCCCGAGCUCCCAGAUGCUCCUGGUGAAUAAAAUCACACUUUUGACA